CAUAAUUGGCUUACCCGAAACCUCUCUCUCUCUCUCUCUGAACAUUUGCGCUCUGUGCUCUGUUGUUUACGAAAGUAAAAGCCUCUCUCUCUCUCUUCACCUCAAUCGUAAACAUAGAUUCCGAAAGGAAGAGGAAGAAGCCGUCUUCGAUCUCGACAGAAGAUCGAGCAGAUCGAACAGACAAGAACAAGCACAAAAGGAAAACCAAAAUGUCUUCGUCGUCUGAUAAAGUUAGGGCAUCGCACAUCCUAAUCAAGCACAAAGGUUCUCGGCGCAAGGCUUCAUGGAAGGAUCCGGACGGCCACGUCAUCACCAGCACCACCAGAGAAUCCGCCGUCGCUCAGCUCAAAGCGCUCCGCGAUGACAUCGUCUCCGGCAAAGCCAAGUUCAACGACAUCGCCGCUCGUCAGUCCGAUUGUAGCUCCGCCAAACGCGGCGGCGAUCUCGGCUCAUUUGGGAAGGGUCAGAUGCAAAAACCUUUUGAAGAAGCAACAUAUGCACUGAAAGUUGGCGAGAUAAGCGACAUUGUGGAUACUGAUAGCGGCGUGCACAUAAUCAUGAGAACUGGUUGAUAAACUACCAAGAGGGUGGUCUUUGGAGCACUGGUUCAGUCUAUUGCACAAAAACAAUGCCGGUGUUUUCUUAAACAGGGUUUUCUCUUCUGAUUUGAUCGAUGCAAUAUUUGUGACUAUACAGAAUGUGUUGAGUGCUAUCUAAUUUGUACGAUUCUUCCAGGGACCCCUGGUGUCUGGUUUGGGAUGAGUUGUUUCCCUUUGAAUUUCUGGAUUUUGUGAUGUUUGAAUUGGGAAAGUGGGAUUUACUUUACCGUUUUCAAUUUGAUCCCACGUAUAAUGAAUAUAACGGCUUGUAUGGCCUACUCUC